GGUGGGAGAGAACUGGAGGCAGGAACUGCGGGUUAUCUACCAGUGCUUCGUGUGGUGUGGAACCCCAGAGACCAGGAAAAGCAAGGCAAAGUCGUGCAUCUGCCAUGUGUGUGGCACCCAUCUGAACAGACUCCACUCUUGCCUUUCCUGUGUCUUCUUUGGCUGCUUCACGGAGAAACACAUUCACGAGCACGCAGAGACGAAACAACACAACUUAGCAGUAGACCUGUAUUACGGAGGUAUAUACUGCUUUAUGUGUAAGGACUAUGUAUAUGACAAAGACAUUGAGCAAAUUGCCAAAGAAGAGCAAGGAGAAGCUUUGAAAUUACAAGCCUCCACCUCAACAGAGGUUUCUCACCAGCAGUGUUCAGUGCCAGGCCUUGGUGAGAAAUUCCCAACCUGGGAAACAACCAAACCAGAAUUAGAACUGCUGGGGCACAACCCGAGGAGAAGAAGAAUCACCUCCAGCUUUACGAUCGGUUUAAGAGGACUCAUCAAUCUUGGCAACACGUGCUUUAUGAACUGCAUUGUCCAGGCCCUCACCCACACGCCGAUACUGAGAGAUUUCUUUCUCUCUGACAGGCACCGAUGUGAGAUGCCGAGUCCCGAGUUGUGUCUGGUCUGUGAGAUGUCGUCGCUGUUUCGGGAGUUGUAUUCUGGAAACCCGUCUCCUCAUGUGCCCUAUAAGUUACUGCACCUGGUGUGGAUACAUGCCCGCCAUUUAGCAGGGUACAGGCAACAGGAUGCCCACGAGUUCCUCAUUGCAGCGUUAGAUGUCCUGCACAGGCACUGCAAAGGUGAUGAUGUCGGGAAGGCGGCCAACAAUCCCAACCACUGUAACUGCAUCAUAGACCAAAUCUUCACAGGUGGCCUGCAGUCUGAUGUCACCUGUCAAGCCUGCCAUGGCGUCUCCACCACGAUAGACCCAUGCUGGGACAUUAGUUUGGACUUGCCUGGCUCUUGCACCUCCUUCUGGCCCAUGAGCCCAGGGAGGGAGAGCAGUGUGAACGGGGAAAGCCACAUACCAGGAAUCACCACCCUCACGGACUGCUUGCGGAGGUUUACGAGGCCAGAGCACUUAGGAAGCAGUGCCAAAAUCAAAUGUGGUAGUUGCCAAAGCUACCAGGAAUCUACCAAACAGCUCACAAUGAAUAAAUUACCUGUCGUUGCCUGUUUUCAUUUCAAACGGUUUGAACAUUCAGCGAAACAGAGGCGCAAGAUCACUACAUACAUUUCCUUUCCUCUGGAGCUGGAUAUGACGCCGUUUAUGGCCUCAAGUAAAGAGAGCAGAAUGAAUGGACAAUUGCAGCUGCCAACCAAUAGUGGAAACAACGAAAAUAAGUAUUCCUUGUUUGCUGUGGUUAAUCACCAAGGAACCUUGGAGAGUGGCCACUAUACCAGCUUCAUCCGGCACCACAAGGACCAGUGGUUCAAGUGUGAUGAUGCCGUCAUCACUAAGGCCAGUAUUAAGGACGUACUGGACAGUGAAGGGUAUUUACUGUUCUAUCACAAACAGGUGCUAGAACAUGAGUCAGAAAAAGUGAAAGAAAUGAACACACAAGCCUACUGAAGUGACACACAGACCUACCUGCAAUGGAAGAUGACGACACCAAUACUACAACUGGCAUCGAGAUCUAAAGGACCUACUUGACCAUGGCCCAUGGGCCUGACAGAGUAAGAAUUGAACAGUACCCAGUGUCCAAAAGGUCCUGAUUGGAAGAGAAAUAGAAGGGGAGGGAGAAGAGGCUCUAGUCUAAGCAGUUGAUGAAAGGGAAAUUAAAUGGUAGAAAUACUCUGGGUGAGGAAGGCAGGAGCAGGAAAAUGCUGACACUGGUACAUAUCCUAUAUUCCUCCAAAAGAUUGUGUGGGAAAGUGUGGGGGGGAGGGGGGUGGUGGGGGGGGGGGGUGUGCCCUUGUAACCGUAAAACAUCUUUCUCCAUGGGUGUUUCAGCUUCAAUUGACCAAUCACAUAACAGUUAUAUGUUUGGGGGGAAAAAGAAAAGUUUCUAAAAAAUGUAGCCCAUUACAUAUAUGGGUAUGAAAGCAGAAAAGUGGAGGAGGCAGGGAUAUCAUUGACAAACACCUUUGCCAGUUUCUUUGUAUUCGUGAUUUUUUGUGCUAUUAAAUGCAGUAUUAAAACAAGAAAAGCCCACCUGGGCUAGUGAAAGGAGAGGAAAUAAGGGGGCUUGUAUAAGGGGAGCCGUCGCUCCAAAAGUAGAGAAGACAAGAAAUGCUGUAAGAUAAGCAACCAACGCAGACAGGCCUCAGCUAAGAGUAUAGUGUGUG